CACCCAGGGAGGAUCUCACUGCCGGUGAACAUUCCCCGAGCCCACUCUAGCUCGUGAGGCAUUGACCUCAGCUGAUCUGCAUCUUCUCAGCCUAAGAGUUCAGACACCGCCUAGGGGCUGCUCUCCCGGGAGGCAACGGCGCCGCCGGUUUCACCGCCCUCCUCGUCUCAACUACAACUUCCAGCGGCCACAGCGGCAUCUGUCUGUCUCCUUCGCGCGGAACCCGGGCGCUAGGCCUGCUGGGAAGUGUAGUUCCGUGGACUCCCCAGCGCGGGACCUUCUGGGAAACCCAGGUGCUAGCCGUCAAGAGACCGUCGAGCUGCGGGCGUCUCUUAAACUUCUGAGACGCGGCCGAGGGUGGAGGGUUUUCGGAAUGGGAACCAAGAAGGACGCCAGGGUUCAGGCCUCAGCUGCGGACUCCUCGAAUUCCCCAGUGAGCUCAGGCCGCGUCCCUCCAGCCCUGCUCCUUCCCUCCAGUCAUGCUUCGUCCCUCCACAUCUCACCCUCCAGGUGAAGGGUGGAGGGGUCACCUGCCAAAAAAGUCUGGGGCGCCAAGCACCGGGGCACUCUAGGCAGCGUGACCUGAGGCCAGACAGGACUACUCCAUGUACCAUCCACGGGAGCUGUACCCCUCCCUGGGGCCCAGCUACCGCCUUGGGCCCCCCCAGCCCGGGGCAGAUUCCAGCUUCCCGCCUGCCCUGGCAGAGAGCUAUCGCUACCCGGAUCUGGACCCUCCCAAACUGGAUUGCUUCCUCUCUGGGAUUGAAGCUGCUCCCCGCCCUCUGGCUGCUCCCCCACCUCUACCCCCACUGCCCCCAGCCCUGGGCACCGAGCCACCCCCUCCAGCCCCAGAGGCCCUUCAUUCUCUCCCUGGAGUCAGCCUGAGCCUGGAGAACCGGGAGCUGUGGAAGGAGUUCAACUCCGUGGGAACAGAGAUGAUCAUCACCAAAGCCGGGAGGCGCAUGUUCCCCGCUUGCCGAGUAUCUGUCACCGGCCUGGACCCCGAGGCCCGCUACCUGUUUCUUCUGGAUGUGGUUCCGGUGGAUGGGGCUCGCUACCGCUGGCAGGGCCGGCGUUGGGAGCCCAGCGGCAAGGCAGAGCCCCGCCUGCCGGACCGCGUUUACAUCCACCCUGACUCCCCCGCCACCGGUGCCCACUGGAUGCGGCAGCCUGUGUCCUUUCACCGCGUCAAGCUCACCAACAGCACGCUGGACCCCCACGGCCACGUGAGGCCCAGGCUGGGACCCCCCCCGGAUGGGGGGUGGGGGUGGGGCCGGGGUAGGGAGUCACCCCAGUUUCUUCCCUCCCAGCUGAUCUUGCACUCCAUGCACAAGUAUCAGCCCCGCAUACACCUGGUGCGGGCCGCCCAGCUUUGCAGCCAACACUGGGGGGGCGUGGCCUCCUUCCGCUUCCCCGAGACCGCGUUCAUCUCCGUGACAGCCUAUCAGAACCCGCGGAUCACACAGCUGAAGAUCGCAGCCAACCCCUUUGCCAAAGGCUUCCGGGAGAAUGGCCGAAACUGUAAGAGGGAGCGAGACGCCCGUGUGAAGAGGAAACUGCGGGGCCCAGAACCAGUAGCCACAGGGGCCUAUGGGAGUGGAGAUGCACCAGGCGGUCCCUGCGACUCCACACUGGGCGGGGACGUUCGAGAGUCAGAUCCCGAGCAGGCUCCAGCGUCCCGGGAAGCUGCCCCGGCCCCAGCUCCUUCCUGCGGUGGCCCCAGUGCGGAGGCAUACCUUCUGCACCCUGCAGCCUUCCAUGGGGCCCCCGGUCACCUUCCAACCAGGACCCCCAGCUUCCCCGAGGCUCCAGACUCAGGGCGCCCAGCCCCCUACUCAGCUGCCUUCCUGGAGCUGCAGCCCGGGCCAGCAGGCUCGGGGUACCCCGCAGCUGCACCCCCAGCAUCCUUUGCCUCGCACUUCCUCCCAGGGGGCCCCUUCCCCCUGCCCUACCCUGGGCCUGGGCCUUACCUGGAUGUGGGCUCCAAACCAAUGUACUGAGCCUUUGCUGAAGCCCCGCUGCCUCCCUCCCUCCAGGGUCCAGCGCACACCUCCAGUUCCCUUCCCCCAGGCCUGUAGCCCCCUCACUUCCACUGGCCCCAUCCCCCACGCCAAAUGGCUGCCUUGGGCCUCCCCCACCCCACUUCACACGUUGAUUUCACUCCCACCCCCCUCUGGCUUCAAAGCUCUGGCUAAGCCGCUGGGAGUCCAGCUGGGGCCAGCUUCCCCUUCCCGGCUCUCACCUCGGUGUGAAUGGAGGGAGGCUCUGCCUGGCCAAAUGGGGCCUGGGACCAGCACUCCCCCUUCCCAGGCCUCACCCUUGGGCUCCGCGGGUUCUCCCCCCUCACCCCAGUGCAAGCCACACCUGUCUGUCCUCAGGAUCCGAGUAUUUUUGUUAAUAAACCUCAAAAGACAUGA